AUGACCAUGACAACUCUUCGGAUACUUCGGCUGGCCAGCAGAUCCAGAUCCCACUGCCAAGCCUGGGGAGCAGCAGUUGAUCAGAGAAGAGGUCUCAGACUGGCUGGGCCGACAUGGGCCAAGCACUGUGCUGCCCAACAUCGCUUGGCAUCGAGCCUUCCGCCAACAGAGGACUGGCGAACAGUGCCGAACGCGCUGACAGCUUUGCGGCUGGUGGCGGUGCCGGGCAUCCUUGCCACCUGGUACCUUGAGCUCCACGGUGUAUCCGCUGCCCUUUUCGGGGCGGCUGCUGCAACAGACUGGUUCGACGGUUUCCUUGCCAGACGGUGGAAUCAAAAGACUGCUUUGGGAGCCCUCCUUGAUCCUCUCGCAGACAAGCUCCUCGUCUCCUCCACCUUGGUCAUCCUUGUGGAGCAUGCGGCAAGCCCUGUUGUCUCGCUGCCAGCGGCGGCGAUCCUGGCACGUGAGCUCGGAGUUUCGACUCUUCGGGAAUGGACCCAAGCGCAUCGGCCCGAGGCUGCCAGCAGCAUUUCAGUUGCCUGGCAUGGCAAGGCGAAGGCAGCGGCACAGCUGCUGGCGCUUCAAGGUUUGCUGGCUGGCAUCGCUUUGAGUGACCUGGAAGCGACGGAAGUCGAUGAGUCUCAGGCAUGGGGCCCUUCGCUGUACAAAGGAAGCCUGCUUCUGCUGUGGCUCGCUGCAGGGCUUACACUGGGCAGUGGUUUUCAGCAACGUGGUCGCAGCGGUUUCUUUCCUGUUCAGAGCGGGAUACGGCAGCACUUGCCAUGGAGCACGCUGCUGGACCAAUGCGCUGAUGCCAUGGAGGUUCGAGUGGAGGCAGCUGAUGGUCUUCCCGCAGAUGCGGUGCUUUCACUGCGGCUUGGGGCCACACGGAGACAAGCUCCCUUACAGAGCGCACUGUCGCACCCACUGCGCUUUUCAACCUUCCUGGAUUCUGCAAGUGAGCCACUUCGCCUCGAUGUCAUGCGACCAAUGUCCACCGCACAGAUUGUUCUGAGGGCCGAGGAGCACCGCUACACCGUGCCCCUCGCAGGUUGUCCUGAAGCGGCAAUCCAGUUCUCGGUGAAGCCUUCCUUUGCCAAAGCUGCAGAGCGAGGUCGGGCGCCCGAUGCAUACAGCGCGCCCACCUUACCAGGCUUCAAGGACGCAGCUGCCUCCGCGAAGGAAUAUCUCGAGAGACACCAUCUCCUUCAGUACAUGCAGUCGCUGCUUCAUGCAGUGAUUCAGGCAAAGCCUAAGGACCCUGUCGCCUACAUGAUGAGUCUUAUGAAGACUUCGCAAACUCGCUCCGAGAGCCGGAGGUCAUCUGAAGAGGUUCCAGAAGCUCGCAGUGACCCAGGACCACGUGCGGCUAGCAAGGAGGUGCUAAUUGGACAAGCUGCUUCCGAUCCAGGCAUUGGGCCCGAGGCGGUGGAAGCGACUCAAGCUGAACCGUGCGCACCCACACAGCAUGCCAGUUGCGGUUCUGGUACAUUGUGCGGGACCACAUAUGAGGACCAACAUGCCUCAGCGCACAAAGAGGAUUUCGUCUUCGACUCCAGUGUUCGCACACCCACCCUCGAGAAACAGCAGGUCGACAUCGAGGAUUCGCCUGCCUCUGCAAGCAAACCUCUUGCCGUGACACGUGUGGCACUCGAUCCGCAGAGGUUGAAAGAAAUACGAGCGAGCCUACAAAGACAGCUGCGAAACACUAUCUCGGAAGGGAAACUGGAAAUGUCUGUUCAGAAGGCACUGGAGUUGAUGACAGGCCCAUCAUUCGAAGCAGAGGAGCACUUGAGGAAUGAACUCAUAAUCCUCCUUUCGGAGAGGAAGGAGUUGACGUCCCGCACACACAGGCUGACGGAGGAGCUACAUCAACUGAGGCAAUUGAACCAGGAUCUUCACCUCAAGCUAUCAAAGAGUAGCGACCAUGGGUAG